AUGGACCAUCGUUUUGGUCUGACGUUCGAUCAAUGUUGGGAUUUGAGGGCUGCCUCAUUGAGGAAAGAGGUAAAUCCGGAUGACCUAUACCGAAUCGUGCUUCAAAAACCACUGCUCCAUAAGAUUGGAAUCUUCGAGGAGGGUGAGCGGAACGAUCCGGAAGGAUUUGACAAUAGUGACGGAGAACUGAGUAGCGAUGAGGAUUUUGAUGUGGAGCAAGAUUUGAGGAAUUCUCCAGCUGAGGAUUUGGAUUCUGAUCGAGAUGAAGACUCAGAUGAGGACUCAGAUGAGGACUCAGAUGAGGACUCAGAUGAGGACUCAGAUGAAGACUCAGAUGAGGACUCUAAUGAGGACUCUAAUGAGGACUCAGAUGAUAACGCGAAUGAAAAUGGCUCUCAGAAUAUGGAUAACGAAGGACAAAAAAUUGAAGCUGAGAAUAUAUUGAUUGGAGCUCAACAUGAUUCUGGAAUGAGACAAGAAGAGAAUCCACGUAACUAUCUGAACAUAGAGCAAGGAUCUUCGGGAACUCCCAAUGUCCAAAAGCACUCUAUGAAAGGAAUCCCACGUGAUUCGGGUUUGGCGAGAAAACGAGAGAUAUCGCUUGAGCGUCGGCGACAAAUUCAAAGUGACUCGGAUGAUGAUGAAACAUCAGUAAAGACUGUCGAAGAAUUGUCAUUUGAUGAUCCUACUGCAAGUAAUACUGCUCAACAAGUCUCUGCAACUGAAAACAUCGGUGUUUCGUUCGACAGUGCAUCAUCAAUAAAUACCACUGGAAAUGCAAUCUCGACACCAAAUCAGCCAACUCAUGAAGAAACUGGUCAUGGACAAGACCGUCAUCCUCGCAAUAUUCUGGCCACCGAGUCUGGAUCAUCUGGAAGCACCGGUGCCAACAAGCAAUUAGAUGAAUCACCAGCGGAACGAAAAGCUCGCUUUGUCAAAAUGCGCGAGGCUUAUCUUAAACGCCAACGACAAUACGAUAGUGAUUCGGACGAUGAUGAGCCAACAGCCAAAAUAUCCAAGCAAGUCGUUGGAUUGGAUGAUUCGACAGCUAGCAGUGAUACUCAGAAAGCUACUCAAAACAACGAGAUACCACAAGGAUCGUCGCACAGUGCAAUCGGUCGUGAAGACCAACAAGAGAAUGGAAAUAGUUUCGCUGAGCAAGAACUCAGUGAAAUGGCUGACGAGCCAGCAGGUUCGCCACAAACCAGCCAAUCAAGUGACGACGGAAAAGACUUCGGAAUAAAGUCGAAGAACAACGAGUGA